CAGAGAGCACCAUGAAUUUAAACAACUUUGUGGUACUUCCCAGCAAGCCCAAGUCAAUGAAGUUAAAUGUCAGGAAUCUCCAGGAACUGCGUAUGGAAACAGUGCAGCUGGAUCAACAUGCCAAGGAGAUGGAGAGCAGACUGGAGGAGCUCAGACAGCAUAUGAACCAGGAGAAAGAGGAGAGGGAACCAGUCUCUGAUAUGGGUACAUUUAAAACUUUGUGUGAACAACAGCCAACUUGUGGCGUGAACGUACCCUUUGACACUUCGGAUAACGUGAGAGGAAAAGGCAUGCGAGUAUAUGUAGCCAAGGUUGAGUACUAUUUGUGUUAUGCACAUGAUGAACAGUUAAAAGAGUCGCUGCCAAUGGAGAACAUUCCUAAAGCAGAACAGAAGCAGGUAAUAGCGGAACCAGCCGCCAAGGUACAUGGCACUAACAGGAAGCUCAACCUGAGGGGAAAAGUCUGUGGACAGUGUGAAGUUCAACUGGCUGGACUGAUGUGUGCGGAAUGUGGAGAGGAUUAUUGUGUGGGCUGCUUCGUCAGAUUCCACCAGAAGGGGGCACUGAAGCGCCAUCGUAUGGUUCCCGUACAGGCAGAGCUCCAGACCCCUGUCAGCACUCGGGAUGUGUUGGGCCGCCUCCAGCAGCAGGUAAGCGGCGAGGAGAAUCAACAUACACAAGGUGCAUCCCACAAAUCCACUGAUGAAAGUGAAGCCACAGAGAAAAGAUCAGCUCCUAGGAGCCUUCAGCCCAUGUCUGAUAACCAAAUGCACCACACACAGCCUCAGGUGUUGUUCGUGAAUGACGGUGUUGACGUGGAGGAUGAGGAGGCUGCUGAGGAAGAGGACAGCUCUCUGCUGAGAGGAGGCUUUGAUGAAGAGGAGUCAGCCAGGUCCUUCCAGGAGGCUCUGAAAGAGUGGAGAGAGAGAGGACAGAGACCAGUGUCUGUGAUGGAAACACAAACAGAGAAAGGAUCCCAGCAGUUAAUUCAUGUGGAGUUCAAGGAGGACACUUUGAGCUACAUGGAGAAACUCCUCCUGAAAAAACACCGCAGCCUGCCCCUGAAGCUGCUGCUGCUUCGGGUGACGCUGCAAACAGAUGACAGGAACGUUAACAUUAUAGAAACGACAGAAAAUGAACCAGAUAAGGCUGAUAUUAUCCUACGCGGUACAGAAAAUGAGGCUGAUGUUAUCGUAGCGCUACCUGCAGAGCGAAUGGAGUUGCAUAAAUACUUUACCUCUCUCUUCAUGAUCGCUCUCGCUGAGGAUGCUGGGAAAGCAGACAGCCCUGCAGAAUCCUGUUUAAGCAUUGUAGAGUUAGAUGAGAAGAUGGCUGGAGACGCUACACUGUACAGAUCCUUUGGAGUCAAGCAGGGAAAUGAGAGCAAAAUGUUUGCAGCUGUUGGAAAUGGAGGAGAUUUUGGAUAUUCGGUUUUGCCUUUCACACCGUGCUUCUCCGAGAUGACCAAAGGAUCAGUUGGUGAAUGUAAUUCUGACAUAAAGAUCAACUCUUCUCCUGAGAUGUGGCCACCGUCUCAAGAGGCUGAACAAUCUUCGUCAUCAUUGCCAAGAUCAGAAAGCUUUUCUCCACUUCAGACGAGGCUUCAGAGAUCACAGCACCUGUCGACUGCCUCAGAAUCCUUUCUGUCAAAUUCACGAAUAGGAGGCCAGAAAGUGGAACUCAGUGACUCUCCAAAACCAAGCCCACGGACAAGAUCUUCUGCAGCACAACAGGACAAAUCCUCAGAGCUUCUGCCGACAUCAUCUCCUUCACUCCCAAAAACCAAAUUAAAUCAAACUCUCCCAGGCUUUGAGGACCAUAUUUCCACUGGCAGCCUCUCUCCUGGUGGAAUACCAUCUGUUCGGUCUUCUCGAUGUCAUUCUCCUGCUUUUCUCAUCUCUAAACAAAGUCCUAAACCUCCAGAUUCUCCGUCCCCAAGGUCUAGAUCAGUGUCUUCUCCAGUAAACCCAGUCCAAUCCAGACCUGCUCAUUCAACACCUGUUUCUGAACCGAAAUUAGCUCAGCUGUCUCCAGAACGUGCCAUCACUUCCCCAAGCGCUGCAGUUCCUUCAUUAAAGCUGUCACUUAGAGAAUCAUCACAGUCUGGAUUAGUCUCAGAUAGAAGUAUAUCUACUAUGCCUAUCUAUGACUCCUUCAGUUCCUCUAUGCCGAGGGUCGAAUCUUCUCAUAGUGAGGGUCAUCGUUCACCUCCGGCCUCUAAAUGGUUAAAAGGCUCACGGAGGUCACCCAAAACCACAAUGUUCUCCUUACAGCUAAACAUGUCAGAUUCAGAAGAGGAAAUGACAGGUGAAGAUGCUUGCCUGGUGCCCAGUGAAGAAGACUCAUCUGAUGAAGAACUGAGACGAAUCACAGAUGCAGAAGAACAAAAGAAUGGCUUUCCCUCUUCGCGCCCCACCACGACCCCUCCGGCAGAGCCUCAUUUCACUUUCACAAACCUCUCAAAGUCAGAAAACGACAACACAGAACCAGACCUUUUUACAGGAUCUUCUCAGGCCAUUCAUUCUGUAGCCCAGCGACAGGACAUCCAGCCGGGGCAGUACCAAGACCUAGAGGGGAUCCUGACUUUGGGACUGGACCCCGGAGUCCUGCAGCCCAGCCCAGCUCCAGCGCAAAGCUCUAGAGAAGAACAGAACCACACAGGGAGUUCACUAGUCAAUCAGCUUGGAGCCUGCCAUUUUGAGGAAGCUCCUGACAUUUUCGUGCGUAGUACACCUGAGACUGCCAUUCAUUCUGUAGCCCAGCGACAGGACAUCCAGCCGGGGCAGUACCAAGACCUAGAGGGGAUCCUGACUUUGGGACUGGACCCCGGAGUCCUGCAGCCCAGCCCAGCUCCAGCGCAAAGCUCUAGAGAAGAGCAGAACCACACAGGGAGUUCACUAGGCACCAUAAGCAGAUGUUCUCCCAUCUCUUCUCGGCCCCUGAGUGCCGGGACUCGUCGGCCACUGUCUCGUGCUGCUGAGGAGAUCAUGGAGGUCCAGAGUGUGGAGCAGCUCGAUCUCCAGGACUCUGAUGAGGAUGAGGAGGAUUGCCUGGCUCUGGCCUGCCUUGAGGAAGAGUUCAGACAUAUGAGCACUACACCAUUAGACGAGGGUGAGGAUUCAAUUUGUCGGGACUGCAAUUACACAAAUGAAGGAUUUUGA